UAUAAUCAUGUGACAUCUAAUCAGACUGGAUUCAUUCCUCAGCUGAUUUUCGGAGCAUGUACUUCCUGUUUCUGUUUCUGAUGGAGUCAGUUUUGUUGUGUUUCUUUUAGAGUUGAUCUAGCCUGCUGAACAUUACCUUCAUGAAUACCUCGGGCAGUGAAGAGGAAUUUUGCAAUGAAAGGACUUCUUUGAUGACAACUGAGAGCCCCCCUUUAUCUUCACAUCAUGUUGAGACUGGAAUACCAAGCUUGGAGGAUACACAGACCAAAAGGCGUCGUCCAGUCACAAACCACAGCAAUAACAGGGAAGCACGCCAUGAGGGUGUAUCUGUAGAGCGGGACUCCACUGCAGACAGCGAGGAUGAGGAGAUGUCCCUCAAAUACGGGGCCAAACACGUCAUCAUGCUGUUUGUCCCCGUCACUCUCUGCAUGAUCGUGGUCAUCGCUACUAUUAAGUCAGUCAGCUUCUACACUGAGAAGGGUGGACAGUUGAUUUAUACGCCUUUUACAGAAGACACAACGUCUGUGGGACAACGGCUUCUCAAUUCAAUUUUAAACACACUGAUAAUGAUCAGUGUCAUUGUUGUUAUGACCAUAUUUCUUGUUGUGCUUUACAAGUACCGCUGUUACAAGUUUAUCCAUGGAUGGCUGAUCCUCUCCUCCCUAAUGCUCCUUUUCUUGUUCAGCUUUAUGUACCUAGGAGAAGUGUUUAAGACCUACAAUGUGGCGAUGGAUUACCCAACCGUGGCUCUUGUCAUCUGGAAUUUCGGGGCAGUGGGGAUGGUCUGUAUUCACUGGAAGGGCCCCCUGCAGCUUCAGCAGGCCUAUCUCAUCAUGAUCAGUGCUCUGAUGGCCUUGGUCUUCAUUAAAUACUUACCUGAGUGGUCUGCGUGGGUCAUUCUGGGAGCCAUCUCUGUUUACGAUUUGAUAGCGGUGCUCUGUCCGAAGGGACCUCUGAGAAUGCUGGUUGAAACAGCUCAGGAGAGAAACGAGCCAAUUUUUCCAGCUUUGAUUUACUCCUCGGCAAUGAUCUGGAUGGUUGGAAUGACAGAACAAUCAGCUGUGCAGCAGCCUUCCCACCAAGAAACGAACUCGGAUGAAGAAGUAGGCCAGAGUCACCAUAACAACACAGAAGAAGACCGGCACAUGGUGGUGCCAGAGACUGAGGUGCAUGGAGCACAAAGCAGAACAACAUCAGCAGUGCAGCUGGAGGAAGAAAGAGGGAUCAAGCUUGGACUGGGGGACUUUAUAUUCUACAGUGUCUUGGUGGGGAAAGCUUCAGCCACAGCCAGCGGAGACUGGAAUACAACACUGGCCUGCUUUGUGGCUAUUCUAAUCGGACUUUGCCUUACCCUGCUAUUGCUGGCUAUCUUCAAGAAGGCAUUGCCUGCCCUUCCCAUCUCCAUCACCUUUGGGCUUGUCUUCUAUUUCUCCACUGACAACCUUGUCCGGCCAUUCAUGGACAACCUCGCCGCCCACCAGUUUUAUAUUUAAUUUUGAAGGCUGCUUAAACUGGAUAUCAAAUCUAGUCCAGCGUCCGCCCAUUUGGUAUCAUCGUUGUGCCAGGUAGCUUUUUUUGUUUGGGGGAAAUGCAUAAUAAUUGCAGCAUAUGUAUUAUAAUUUUGAACUGUAUGUUACUUUUAGAUAUAGGUAGAAUUAUAUAUUUAACAUGUGGAUUUUUGGAGGCAGUCAUUUUCUAAAUGGCUUGUUAUCCCUGGCAUUGAAUGCGGAUUAUAAUUGGACCAGACUAUUUUUGACACAGGUUAAUAAGAAAAGUAAUUUAAACGCAAUAGUGCAGGCAUUCAACCUGCAGUGUCCCACUGUCAUGUAUAGUUAUGUAUCCACCAUAUACGUUAGUAAAUCUGCUGUUUGAGAUACAGCCCCCAAAACUGUAAGGUGAUAUUUACCAGUGACCUUAUAUCAUCUGUUCGGUGGCCAUAUUUAACAGGGGUGUGCAGUUACUCAGAAUUAAAAUAACACAAUAUGGUUUCCUAGUGGCUCACCAUAUAAAGGCAUGAUGUGUGCAUGAUGAGCCACAAGGUCUGGGGAGUGCAAGUGUACUGCCAAGCUGCUGUUCUUACCCUGGCUGGCUUUCGUCCACCACAGCUGACAUUGAGGGUGUAGAGUAAUCUGGGUUUGUGGUGGAACUGGAAGAAACCCACUGACCUUCAGUUCUCCUGGUCUGUGGUGAGGGAACAUAACUGUACAUUCUAAACUGGGGAGGAUGUGUGUUUUUUGGUUUAUGAGGAGCCCAUGUUUCUAGCAGUUAUUCAGAUUCUGUGAUUAAUUACCUUUAAAUGGUUUUAAGUUGGAAGAUAUUAACUCAAAUGGAAAGUAACUUGCUCGAAAUUUAGUUAAUUUCACAAAAAGAUAUCUACACAUUUGAGUACCAAUAAAUCAUAAUGAAACCAUAUCUUCUGAAAAAUAUGUCAUAUACAUGAAUCUGUGACCUGACCUGUUAAAACAAAUACCUGUAAAAGUAAUCUGUAAAAUCCCAUAAAUAUUUUUUUAUACACCUUUUUUAGUCUUUUUAAAUCUGUAUUUAACAGUUUUCUGUUAUCUUUUAAUUUAUAGCUGCUCAAGUAUGCUAAAGAGAAUUGCAUUAAAAAUCUGACUAACAGCACACCCUAAACUACUUCAUGUUGCUGUUGGACAUUCAACACCUCCCAUUUAAAAAGACAUUGAAUUACUUACAAAUGAUUGCUAACUCCGUUUGAAACUGCACCGUGCCAUAGGGGAUGCUUUCAUAUAAACACUAAAAUGGGUUAUACAGUAGAAUGUGAUUACUUAGUGUCUGGACAGUUAACCACUUUAAUUCCACACGUCUAUAAAAUACACAUAAAAAAGUAGAAUUGUUUACAUUGAUUUAAAGGAAGUUUUGGACACCAUGAAAUAUUCCCUGUUCAUCUGUGUUUGUUUAUUAAUUUAUAUUUAGAUAUGUCUGUGCUUUUUGUAUCAGAGAAGGGGAGAGACUGUGUUGCAGAGGUGCUUCUUUUUUCUUCUGUCCAAUUAGUGAAUUGACCAGUUCAGCACAGAUGGGAAUUAGUGCGCAGUGAUAGUCUCUGGUUUUCUGUCUGUGUUAAAAACUGUUAAAAUCUAAACCCCUAAAUAUAUCUUGCAGAAAUGGUAUGUCAGGAAGAAGAUGAGGCUUAUUCCAUGCUGAAACAAUGGUAGCCGUACUCUAAAAGUAAGGGAGAGGUAGCCAGUAUCGAUAGGACCUAACCCCUCGAUCAAAAAAAAAAAAAAAAAAAUCAAAAAAUCAAAAGCAUUUAUACUAGCCACUACCCAUUUUACAUAAACAGAUAUAACUUGCAUAUUUUUGUUGCACACCCACCAUGUUUUAUACAAGGACAAUGGUUUAUGUGUGACGACAGUAUGCCUAGUGCUUUUCUUUGAACCAGACAUCCCAGAAUAUUGAGGCUAUACAAUGAAUGUUCAGAUGAAACAGGUGUUGCUUAACAGUAAUGAAGGCUCUGUAGGUUUAUUCUUGUUUAUAUUGAAAAACCUCUGUCAUACUGUGUUAAAAAGUUGUAAUAUUUUAAUUUAUUUUAUAUCCCCAUAUGCUUGUUACAUUAACUGCAAAAUUGUGUAUAAAGUGGCAUUUAUAGAAUUGUGUACUUCUUUUAACCAGACAUCCCAGAAUAUUGAGGCUAUACAAUGAAUGUUCAAAUGAAACACUCUAAAACAUGGGUUGUAUAACAGUAAUGAAGGAUCUAUAGUUUUAUUGUUUAUAUUGAAGAACGCAUAUUUUAUAGACCGUUAAAAGUUGUAAUAUUUGAAUUUAUUUUAUAUCCCUUGUUACAUUAGCUUACUUGUUACAUUAACUGCAAAAUUGUGUAAAGUGGCAUUUAUAUAAUCAUGUACCAUUAUAUAUGUACUGUUAUAGUGUGCAAUAAUUAUCAUUAAAAUAUGUGUUUAUUUACAGAAAUUCAUUCUUCUAUUUAUUUAGCAAAGCUUGAUAUUUUAUUGGUGUAAUUUUGUCUUGUCAUAGAUACUUGGUUGUUGGUAUAACAACUUUGAAACCUGUCAAGCAAAAUAGCACUAAAUCUUCAUAUUUUAAAGGUGUUUUGUUUAUCAGAUUGAGUAUUUGCAAAGUACAAUGUAUGCUCUAGGUCAGAAAAAUACUCCACCACUUACAAGUGCUACAAAACAAAACAAAUGAUUUGAAUUCUUCUGGCUGUUUUUUAGAGACCCUGGUUAUAGUACUGGUCUUGUAAUGUCUUACCUAAUGAAACAUUAGGUAGUGCUAAUACAGGUAUGUGAACUCUGCUGUAUUUGAUCCCACUCUCCAGUAAUGCAUUUCUAAUUUAGGUGAUACUUCACAAUGCCAAAGAAAUUAAAGUCAUUAUCCACCACUUAGAAAUUAAAUCAUGUUCAUAUAUCUAGUCUUAAUGACUUUCAGAUUAAAUUUACUACUGUGGAUUUGUUAACUCCAUUCUUUGAGAAAUUGUAUUUUCUGUAUUACGAAUCUAAAAUUGUGGGUUAUUUUGACAAAUCCAGUUUUCAGUUGAAUAUCUCCACUGUCCAUUUAAGACGACACUUUCAAACUGUCAGUGUUGUGGAAACUGCGGGUGAAAUCUAACAGCACCAUUCAACUUUGCCUGUGAUCUAAAAUGGCUGCCAUACGUGACAAUAGUAAAGGUGAUAAAGAACUAACACUUCUAGAUAGUUGCAUGAUACUCUGUACACAGGUGUCUUAUUUAAUUAUCUAGAUCAAGUUCCAUCAUUGGUGCUGCACAAAAAAAAAAAAAAAAAACUUUUUUUUUUGUUUUGUUUUUAAAUCACAAGCUUUGUUUCUCAAAACACUGAGGUAGUGACUUAAUGUUUGCAGGGUUAUGUAUAAACCCUUCAUGCUAAAUGUGUCGUUCCAUGAAAUGUAUCUCUGACCUAAGUAUACAUUUUAUUGUCUUAUUGCUUGGUACACAAUUGUACUCUGAUUUUCUUACUUCAGUUCCAUUACCGGUAAAAAUUAAUCCUUUCAUUGUCACAUUGCUUGUUUUGUUCUAAUUUUUUUUACUUACAUUGUAAAAGACAGUUUUGGUUAAAAAAUAAAUAAAUAAAUCGGAAAACCACUAACAAUGUUUGCACACUCAUAUUGGUCAUUUUUUUGUGCUAUUAGGCUGAAAUGUUGUAUGCAACUUCCCAACAUAUUGGACUUUCUUUUCAAAUUGUCAGGAGCCUUCGUUUUCUCAUGGCCUAUAACCCAAUAAAGUUUUUUUUUUUUGUAA